AUGCCCCUUGAAGUCCAAGGCAAGUUUGUAUCUCAAAAAAUAAAUAAAGUCCGUUGGAUACCUGAAGAAUACGUGGAAACGAAAUGUUUUUUCACCGGUAGUUGGGAUGAUGAUAUCAAUACAAUCAAAGUUUGGACCCUGGACAAUCCUGAUGAAGAUGACGAAGUUGAUUAUCCUCACGAGCUCUCCUCAUACCCAGUAGAAGGCGAUGUCACACAAAUAAAGUUUACUGAUAAGAAUAAAAUCGCAGUUUCGUUGUCUAAUGGUGUCGUUAAAGUGCUAGAAAUUAGUGUUUAUGAUAAGAAAUUGCCGCUGAAGGAAUUAUUUCACUUUAAAAAAUUGCAUAACUAUGGGAAAGAAAAAUGUUCAUGUACCUCAUUAGAUACACUUGAAGGAGAUAUAGCCACAGUAGGAGAAGACGGCAAUGUGAACAUUUUGAGUGGACGGAGAGGAGAGAUCACCCGCACUAUACAGGAGGCAGACAGCUGUUCUUUACACUCUGUUUGCUUUAUUAAGCAUAAUGAGGCUAUAACUGGCAAUCUUAGAGGCCACAUGAAAAUCUGGGACCUAAGAUCUUCAGAGAACAAACCUGCAGCAUCGUUCUUGCUCGCUGGAGAUGAACUGGCAGCAACCUGCAUCAUCCACCACCCAACUCAACCACAUAUAAUUCUUGCUGGUAGUGAGUCUGGGUCUCUAGCAGUUUGGGACUUGCGUAUGAAUGCCUUUCCUACGUCGCUAGUCAAUGCUCACACAGCAGGAGUUAAUGAAAUGCAGUUCCACCCGGAAAACCCUCACAAAUUAAUCACAUGUUCUGUAUCAGGGGAAUUAUGGGAAUGGAACAUGGAAGCUAUGACAAAGAGUUCAAAAGGACCUGAUAGUCAGCUAGUUACAUGGAUGCCAUUAGAUGAUAAAAGUUCCAUGAUGGUUAAUUCCCUGAUUUCAGCCUUACACAAGUCCAUAAACACACUUCAUUGUGACAAAGGCCGGAUCCUUUGUGGGGCUGAUAAUGAAGCUAUAUAUUUAGUCAAGAAUUUUAAGUAUUAA